AGCCAUUCACUGUAACGCGCUGGAACGCAUUGCACAGUGACACGGGUGGGGACCACUUUACGCGCUCUCGUCGCGUCGUAGCCCGCGCUAAGUUGCAAUGGGGAUUAAUUACUUGCUUGCUUCCCUUGUCAACCACCACCAAGUAAUUUGCGACUUCUAUUUUCAUAGGCUCUUGCUUGCGUGUUUCUUUUGAUCUUACGUGCGCCUGGAGAGAAGGAUCGAGAGGUGAAUCAGAAAAAGAGUGAAAGAGGGAAAGAGUAAAAGAAUCAGAGCAAUAAAAGAAAAUAUGCCAGCAGCUACGCUAGGAAAGAGAGGCCGUCGUGCGGGUGACAUUGAUCUUGCCGAGCCGCUCGCCAAACGGACCAGACGUCAGACUCGGAGCGCCCUUCUCAAUGACGAGAAUGCCGACCCGGAAGCAGUCGCCAUACGGGAAGACACAGACGGCGGCGAUGCGCCUAUCCCAGAGGAGGACACGGACGAGAUCACCGAAUUGGCCUUUCCCGCCUUUCCCAGUACGCCUUCAAAACGUGCCAGCCGGGCAGAUGGUGGCAAGAAAGAUCUUAAGCUAGUUACCCCGAGCACGCCCCGUUUCCGCGAUGCUCUUGCCAGAGUUCCCGUCACGCCCCGCCAUCGGGUUAUGUCUACGGGCAGGAUCUCGAAGCGACAGACACCACAUACCCCCUUCACACCUGUUGCUAUCCAAACGGUAUAUCACCACGCCAGGCAAUUGUUCUCCCGGAGCGCUGAUCCUGGCCAAUUGACUGGACGUGAUGACGAACGACACCACCUCACAAAAUUCUUACAGAGAUGUAAAACCUCAACACCCAGCGGCUGCAUUUACGUCAGUGGACCACCGGGUACCGGCAAGAGUGCUAUGGUCAACGAAGUUACUCAAGCCGUCGUCGACUCGGCACCUGUCAAGAAGGCGUAUAUCAAUUGUAUGAGCAUCAAAUCGUCAAAAGAUCUAUAUGAAACCCUACUGGAGCAGAUUUCGGAUCCCCUAGACUUCCCCGAAGGAGAUGCAGCCACGAUUAUCGAGAAAUUGUUGAUGCCGCGAAAGAAAUCGACAAGCGUGUACCUCGUUGUUUUGGAUGAGAUAGACCACAUUCUUACCCUUGAUCUAGAAAGCUUGUAUAAAGUAUUCGAGUGGUCCAUGCAGAAGACUUCACGUCUUCUACUAGUGGGCAUAGCGAAUGCUUUGGAUCUCACCGACCGCUUCCUACCACGCCUCAAGUCGCGGAAUCUCAAACCCGAUCUACUUCCUUUUCUGCCAUACUCGGCAACUCAGAUUAAAACAAUCAUCACUAGUCGCUUGAAGAGUCUCGUACCUGAGGGGAGCCCGUUGCCCUUUAUUCAUCCCGCUGCGAUCGAACUGUGCUCUCGUAAAGUAUCCAGUCAGACCGGAGAUUUGCGGAAAGCCUUUGAGAUUUGCCGGAGAGCUAUUGAUUUGGUGGAGAUGGAGACUAAGCAGAAGCAUGAGGUAGAGGCCAAGGAGAAACUACUUCUGUCCACACCCUCGAGACGGCCGCUAGGAGAAAAAGCGAACCUCUCUUCGCCACCCAGAGACGCACGUGCGAGGGAUUUAUCAUCAAUGCUGACAGAUUCACUGAAGACGUUGACGAUUGAGAAUGCACCCCGUGUGAGCAUUGCGCAUCUCAACAAGAUUACUGCGGCGGCUUUUAGUAAUGGGAGCAACCAGCGACUCAAAACCCUCAACUUGCAGCAAAAGGCUGCGCUAUGUUCGCUCAUGGCUCUUGAAAAGCGAAACCGAGCAUCACGAUCGGCAAUUGCAUUCCAGUCACCCUCCAAAUCACUGACUGCGGCACCGACGAUCAAGUUGCUAUACGAGACGUACUGCUUGCUGUGUACACGUGACUCGGUUCUCCACCCUCUUUCGGGGUCCGAAUUUCGAGAGGUUGUCGGUAGCUUAGAGACUCUGUCGCUGGUUUCGGAGGUGGAUGGAAAGACUGGCUCUUUAACCAUGCUACAGACGCCGAGUAAGAGGUCAAAGCGGGCAGGCUUCACUGCUGGCGCUGGAUUGGUAGACGAGAAAAAGGUGGCGAGCUGUGUAGGAGAGAAGGAGCUCGAGCAGGCUAUUGAGGGACUCGGUACAGACAUUCUGAAGAGUAUUUUAAGCGGCGAGGCAUUGGAUUAGGCGCAAAUGUCAUUCUCUGCAUCGCAUUUUGGGGAUUAUUGCAUUGCCUGGCGUUGUUGGUAUAUCACGUUGUAUGUUGGACGUAAUGCCCUUAGAAUAGCUGUCUGGCGCCUCAAUCUGGAUUAUUAAAAUCACAAGCUGUCUCGAUUCACCUGUAUAUUUAGUCCACACGAUGAACCACAAUACAUAUUCAUAGUACCAUGGAGACAG